AUGAACGCCAGCAGUUCUCCGACAGAGCGCAAUGCCGCCGUGGAGGAGAAGACCGGGGACGUGGUCGGCGUGGCUGCGGUGAACGAUGGCAGCAGCGGAGGCGAUGCGGCGUCGGUGCGGACGGCGGGUGGCCGAAGCACGCAUGUCCCGCUGCGCAUGAAGAUCAUCUCGGUCCUGCUCGUGACGGCGAUUGGGUUCGGCUCGCAUUGGAGCAGCGGCGUGACGGGCGCGAUGAAGAGUACGCUGAAGAAGAAACUGCACAUCAACAAUGCGCAGUACGCGGUGCUGGAGGCUAGCGAGGACUUCAUGGUGACGGCGUUGAUCCUGGUGAGCGGGUUGGUGACGGAUCGGAUUGGUGGUGCUGGUGCCAUGCUCUGGGGCAAUGCCAUUUACAGCGUCGGAGCCAUUCUCAUCGCAGCAGCCACGACGGUCCGCAACUACAAGUUCAUGAUCUUCGGCGUCGUGGUGCAGUCGUUCGGCGACAUCGCCACGCAGGUCGCGCAGUACAAAGUCUUCAGCUCCUGGUUCGCGCCGUCCAACGGCUUCGCGUCGACGCUCGGCUUCGAGCUGGGAAUCGGAAAGAUCGGGUCCUUCGUGGGCAAGGCGACGGCCAACGUCAUCGCGAAGAAGACGGGCGACUUCAGCUGGGUGUACUGGACGGCCGUCUUCAUGAACCUGUUCACCAACGCCGCCACGCUGGUCUUCUGGUUCUUCACGCGCUGGUGCGAGCGGCGCUUCGCGGGCAAGGCGGACCCGGCGACGGGCGAGGCGCUGACGGAGAAGAACAAGAAGUUCGAGGUCGGCAAGAUGCUGCGCCUGCCGUGGCCCUUCUGGGGCAUCAUCUUCUUCUCGCUCUUCCAGACCAGCACCGCCGUCGUGUACUCCUCCAACGCCACCGAGCUCGCUGAGCAGCGCUUCAACAUCGACGCCGUCACUGCUGGUUGGUACAGCGCCAUGAGCCAAUACCUCGGCUUCUUCCUCGUCCCGUUCAUCGGCAUCUUCGUCGACCUGCUCGGCAACCGCCUGACGCUGAUGCUCAUCUGCGGCCUGGGGAUGCUGCUGUCCAUGUGUCUUGCGGCCUGGGGCCCGUCGAUCGGUGGCACCGCCGCGUCGUUUGGUAUCUACGCUGUCGCCUUCCUUUUCGGUCCAACCGUCAUCAUCGACGGCAUCCGCACCUCCAUGUGGUACCAGGAGGUCUUCGGCGCCGGCUACGCCGUCAAGAUCGCCGUCAACAACAGCAUGAACAUCAUCGUGCGUAUCGUUGCUGGUGUCAUCCAGGACCGCGACAACGACAGCUACGACAACGUCGUCAUCAUCUACGUCGUUCUCGCUGCCGGAUCUGUGGUUGUGGCGGCGUCGCUGUUCACCUACGGCUUCUUCAACGUCGAUCUGGGCAGACUGCAGUGGACUAAGAAGCAGCGCUUGGCCAAUGGCGAAGUCAUCAACCGCCGCCGCGACGAGUUUGACAGCGGUGAGGAGGGCGCGAGGAACAGGAGGAUUAGUAUGGGUUUCUUUGUCUUUUUGAUGUUCUUGAUUGUGGGCGCUUGGGUGGCGUAUUUCUGGGGCGUUGCUACUGGUAAUAACUAUUAG